AUGACCGGAGAGCAGAUAGAUUUAAACGAUAUUUCACCAGUUCCAACUAUAAUUGAAAGAUAUGUACUCGAUGGUUCUGAUGCGAUCGUUAACUUUACUGGUGGAAGAGAGAUUAUGUUGAAUGCAGAAAAACGAGAGGAUGUACGGUUUCGUGAUCGUGACUCUUCACGUGUUUACACUCAAAUCCUCAGUGAAUAUAAAUGGGCCAGUGAGGAAUGUUAUAAGGGGCGAAUACUGGCAGUUCAUGGUAAUUUGGUUGCUUAUCGGCUAUUUAACGAGAAUACGGGAGAAGCAGUUCGUGUGUUAGAGCGCCUCACUGCAAAACGUCAUCUGAUUAAAAGUUUCAAACAUCCAACUGCUGAUUUACAAUGGGCGCAUCAUGCACCAUUACUUACUGUAAUCGAUGUUAAUGCUAAUAUAUACGUAUAUCAUGUUGACAAGGAUUGUGUUGUAACAAAGUAUUUGAAUAUAAUUCGACAUGAUCAUGCCAUCCCAUUUGGUGCAUCACCGCGUAUUUCAUGGUGUCCUUAUAUACCAGAGCCUGACGAACUACACGAUGAAGUUCAUAUGAUUGCUGUUUAUUAUCACAACAAAGUUGAAGCAGUUUCACUGGGUGUAAUAAAAUCAGAACUCAACUGUGAAGAAGUUACUUUGGAACAGUGUGAAAAAUUAAAUGAUGCCAUAAUGGAGCUGCCAAUUGAAAGCUCUACCGCUGAAGUGCAGGCAGUUUGUUUGAGUCCAGAUGCUACGGCAAUUGCGGUGGCUCUAAGUAGUGGUGCCAUCACAUUUUUCAUCAUUGAUAGUGAAGGAACUAAGUUCGCUCAUCGUUGGCAACCAGAACAUGGUAGACAUAUUCAGGACCUUAUAUUCUUGGAUAAUAUUACUUCACAAGAUACACCGGACCAGUUUUGGAAAUAUGCUAUAAUUUCAACCGAAGAUGGUAAGCGAAUUCAACUGUAUGAUACAGAGAACUGGAGUUGUAUUGCUCGUUUAUUAUUUGAACCUCUGGAUCAGUUGGGUAAAUUGGUCCUUAGUGUCCAUCCAACUGCUCAAUAUAUAUUUCUCUCUGACUACGAUGCUGCGAUCAUUUAUUGUGUUGAAAUUGCUUACGUCAUGAACACACCACAUUUUGUGGCAUGUACUCAAAUCACUUUUUGUAAUCCACUUGUCAGCAUUGCUCCCAUUUCUGUUUUUCGGCAGGAACCUCAUCAAGAAUUUUCUUUGAGUGAUGAAUUUCCUGUGGCAGAUGUUCUUGUUUCAUUCGUGGCUCUUUCACAGAGAUCCUUGCUUUAUUUGGAAAUCGGCCUGGAAAAGUCCAUGUCGCAAAACGCAAUUGAAGGAAGCGUUGCUGAUAACAACAGUCAGUUGGAAAUGAUGUAUUCAAAUGCAGGUAGCGGGAGUGAUAGAAAUGAUGUGACAAGUAGUGAUAAAGUAGAAAAUGAAACUCAAGAUCGAAAUCAUUUGGAUUUUUUAUGUCGUCACUGGGAAAAUUUAAGUACAAAGGUAGAAAAACAGGCAGAAGAAUUUGGAAAACGAUUUGAGGACGAGAGACAUCGUACAGAUUCUCAUUUUCAUCAGUUACGGGAAGAGAUUGUUUCAUGUGAUGAUAGGCUUCUAUCAAGACUAGAAUUAUUGAUUAACGAAAAUAAGAAAUCAAUAUUGGAAGCAAUGCAAUCAUCAUUGAAUGCGAAAGUAGAUAACAUGCUUCAAGACCUUCGUUCAGCGGCAGGCGAUAAUUUUGGAGUUCAUUUUAAUUAUUUUAUUAUUAUUAACCAGCAGCAACAACAACAACAACAACAACAAGCGAUCGAUGCUCAAGCUAUUCGUAAAGAAAUAGCCAGUAAUAUCAAAGAAACGUUGGUGAGUGCAGUGAUUCCAGUAAUACAGGAUGUUUGUGUAUCGCUUUUUCGUCAGCUUAAUGAAACCUUCCGAACUGGUCUUGAACAGUACAUGCAGCAAGUGCAUGCUUUGUGUGUCAAUACCUUGAAACCUGCUCAUAUCGUCAUUAGUGAUUCAGUUGGAGUUCCUUUCGACCGGACAACUCUUAUGAAUCUUAUUGAGAACCAUCGCGUCGAAGAAGCAUUUGACAAGGCGUUAAUGGCGAAUGACUUUGAAGCUGUGAUGUUUAUUUGCAAGAAAUUCGAUGCAGAUUCAAUCAAUACGAUGGACCAUCCGCUUUCACAGAUCACCUUACUUCGUCUUUUGAAUCAUCUGGCAUCGAAAUUGGAAGGGGAAACAGACCUCAAAUAUAUCGAGAAUGUAUUGAUUGCACUACACCCUAAAGAUCCUGUUAUUGUUGAUGGUUUGCGUCAUGUCAUAGAUCGUUUGCAGACUUCGUUGACAGCUUUUAUUGGAGCAAAUGCAAGCAGUAACUGGAAGCGAAGAGCACGAAUGAUAUCACAGCUAGCUGUGAACAUGAUGAAAUGA